UUACAGCUGUUCUUAUCAGCGGAGCUUUCCCAAGUGCACUUUACAAGGCGUUUUUCCAAAAGAUUUGCACAAGCCGCAAACCAUUUGCCGGGAAUCUGAAGUGCCCUCGAAACCCCAUCAAGUUUGUUGCCAUACUCCAGAGUCACUGCCCGAUCCGCUUACGUAAUGCUCGCCAAUUUGGGCAGACGAUUGGGAUCCCGCUCCGCCCUCGUCGGCCGGCUAAUGCAUACGGAGCGGAAAGUACGGGUUAAUGGGGCCGACUUGCACAUUGUGGAGACUGGCAGUGGAGAGCAGAGUCUGCUGCUGAUGCCCGGAGCCCUGGGCUCCGCCUGGACUGACUUCAAGCCCCAGAUCGAGCAGCUUCCCAAGCUGCUGCCCGGACACACGAUCAUCGCCUGGGAUCCGCCGGGUUACGGCAAAUCAGUGCCUCCGCAACGCAAGUUUGGACUGGAGUUCUUCCGGGAAGACGCCCAGGCAGCGGUGGAACUGAUGCGAGCCCUGGACAGGCCAAAGUUCUCCAUCCUGGGCUGGAGUGAUGGGGGAAUCACAGCCCUCAUUGUUGCUGGUCGCCAUGCGGAUGCUGUUGACCGCCUGGCCAUCUGGGGAGCUGGUGCCUACCUAAACGCCGACGAAGCCAAGGCUCUGAAGAACAUUCGAGAUGUGGCCAAGUGGUCGCCGCGUAUGCGUGAGCCCAUGGAAAAGGUGUAUGGCGUGGAGAGAUUUGCUGAGCUCUGGGCCGAGUGGGUGGAUGCCGCUUGCGCUUUCUACGACCAAAGAGAUGGUGACUUUUGUCGCUCGGAGGUGGAACAAAUAAAGGCACCAACCUUUAUUCUGCAUGGGAAAAAGGAUCCCAUGAUAGCAGCUGAACAUAUCCCCUGGUUAAGGCAGCGCCUGCCCCAGGCCAAGUACCACGAGUUCCCCGAUGGCAAGCACAACAUCCACCUGCGAUAUGCGGAGGAGUUCAACAAGCUGGUGGCUGACUUUUUCAACAAAAAGGCCUAGCUCGGAACUGGUAAGGUCUAUUGUUACCGGAAAUAAAAAUUUACUAUGUUUAGGUUACAAAUCUUAUCCGAACAUCCGGUUAAAGCUGACCAAUAGCUAAAAUAAUAGGAAGAAAAGUGAAAAACUGGUCUGAUAAUCUCUUUUGUAUAGUUUUAGUUUUCUCCCUCUUUUAAAUAAUGAAUAAAAAUAUUUUCACUAAAAAUA